CAAAAAUGCUUUCAAGCGUAUACUAUCUUUAACUCCGUAAGCCCUCAUCCUGCGCCCGACAUGUUUUCACGCGCCCCCAACCGCGCGUGAUUGUCCUGCACUCGCCCGGGUGCAAUCACAGAUCGUGCCACCGUGUCGGGAAGAUGGCGGAGAGAUGCGGAAAAGACAUGUGGGUAUCGAGCUAUCUGAUCCGCUGAUUCUGCACGCCGCACUCCCCACACUGAGAACCUCUUCGGCGGCUCCUACGUCCGCGUGCAGUCUCGGAAACUGGGAGAGAGUGGGAAGCAUGCCGCGACGCCUCCCGCAUCCGACACAAACCCUGUGCUCCGAUCCGCCCAAUGACCUCGGCGGGACCCACACCAUCGCAGCCUCGCAACGCAGAGACUGUGACUAACAUAUUCAUAAUUAACGGUCACCCCCCAAAAAGUC